AUGCAGUUAUAUGUAUUUUAUAUGUUAUGUGAGAAGGAGAGAACCAACAAAUGUAAGUCAACAAAUGAAGUGAGGGAAUGUAAGAACAAGAAAAGAGGGAAGAAUGAGAAUAAGAAUGGGAAUGGGAAUGGGGAAACAAAGAGAGAAAAGGAAAAGGAGGGACAAGCGGUCCAAUUUCCGUGUGUGUGCACGUUUAACUGUUUUUCCUUUUGUUUUCCUUUCCUUCUUUCUUUCCUUCAUAUACAUAUAUAUUUAUUUACUUAUUUAUUUGUAUUUAUAUUUAUAUAUGGUUGGCAUCCACUGCGUGAGAGAGUGGGAGCAAAUGAGUCAGAAAGGGGGAAGGGAAAAGGUUGGAGGGCGUGUGGUUGUGAAGAGAGGGGGACAAACAAAGAAAGGAGGGAGAAGCAUUAA